AUGAACUUUUUAAAUAUAACUUCAACACCAUUUAAGGUUGAAAUGGAAACAGGGCAUUUUAAUUCCAAUGAAAAUGAUAAUUCUAUCUAUUCAGAGCUUAAUUAUUAUCAAUCACUUCGAAAAAUUAUUCCCAAUUGGGUUUUAUUAAUUUUAUCAUUACCCGUUACAGUAAUAAUUUUUUUAACAAUAUUUGGAAAUUUAUUAGUUUUAUGUUUUAAAGCUCGAGUUGGUAGAACUAAUACAACUUUAUUGGUUUGGAAUCUAGGAUUAACAGAUUUUUUAGUUGGUAUAAUUGUUUUACCAUUAGGUGCCAUACAUUUUAUAACACAAGAAUGGAAAUUAGGAAGAAUAUUAUGUCGAUUGUGGGUUGGAGCAGAUGUAACAUUUUGUACAUGUAGUGUUGUAACAAUUUGUGUAAUUUCUGUGGAUAGAUAUUUAGCUGUAACUAGACCCUUAAGGUAUAAAACAGUAGUAACUAAAAAUAAAGUUAUCUGUGUUAUGAUAAUUAUAUGGACAUUUUCAUCAUGUAUCUUAUUAAGUACUGUUAGAUGGGAACAACCUAUAAAUAUGGAUGAUACUCUUUGUUUUGCUGGAAAUGAAAUAAGAUAUUUAGCACAUAGUGUUGUUUUUGCAUUUUUUUUACCUGCAAGUGUAACAUUAACAUUGUAUUGGAGAAUUUAUCGGUUAGCUAGGCAACGCCAAAAAGCAUUGGAUAGAGGAUUUUUAAUGAUUCUAGGACAAAAUAUGAAUUUUCUUACAAAUACAAUCACGCAAAAUACAACAUUGCGUGUUCAUAUAGGAAGAAAAAACGGGAUGGUGGAACAUCAAAGACGAGUAUUACGGACACAUGAAAGAAUUGCAAAAACAUUAGGUGUUGUGUCAUGUUCAUUUCUUUUUUGUUGGCUGCCAUUUUUUAUUCUUUAUUUAACAAAUUACCAAUGCUCAGGUUGUAUACCAACAAUAUUUGUUGAAGGAGCAUCAUGGCUAGGUUAUUGUAAUUCUAUGUUAAAUCCAAUAAUAUAUUCAUUUACUGUAAAACAAUUUAAAAAAUCAGCUUUACAAGCAAUAUUACCAUUUUGGCAGAUAUUAUAUCAAUUAUUACCUAAAAUUGUUAAACCACCACCAGAACAUGUUAAAACAAAAAUUUAUAGAAAUGUUAAUGUAAGAAGUAAAAAUAAAUCAACUGUUGGAAGAAAAGACAAUUUGAUUACUCAACGUAAAGAAAAAAUUAAAAAUCAAAAUAAACCAAUAAUUCCAUAUACAUAUAAGAAAAAAAUUGAAAAUGACCAACAAAUAUUUGGUAUGAAUAAUUCUAAUAAUAUAAAUACCAAAACUACAAUAAAUAGUAGUAUAAUAAAAAGUCAACAGGAACAAACAAAUAAAACUAAUUGUACAGAAAUUCCUUCUAUUAUUAGUAAUGGUGUUAUGCAUGAAUAUGAAUUAAAUGGAAGAAAACAUUAUGAUCCAGAUAGUAUAACAUUAAAUUCUGACGAUGAAAUAUUGACAAGUGGUAUAAUGUUCCGUGAAGAUUCCUCUAGGAGGCGCUCAAUAACAAUAAGUGACUUUGCAAAUAUUGAAACAUUAUCUCGUAUUGGUUCUGAUGAAAAUUUACCAGUUAAUACAAAUUUCUUAUUUGCUAGUGGUCUUAGUAAAAAUUCUAAAUCAUUAAAUUUACAUGGUAAUAGGACUGUCAUACGACUAGACUAUACCCCAAAAGGAAGAAAAAGAAGAAAAAAUAAAUGUGAAAUUGAGGAAAUAAAAAUAAUAGUUCCACCAGAAGAUAAUAAUACAAAUGGUAAAGAAGACCAACAAAAUAAGAAAUAA